AUGACAACAGAGAUUGGAGAGAACUUCUUACUGUAUGAAACUGCGCACGACGUCUGGGUGGCCGCGGGCGAGUUCUAUUCUAGCCGAGACAAUACCUUAGCCAUCUUCAAAAUUGAGACUCACCUGCACGACUUGCGACAGGGGGAGCUCACUAUGACUCAAUACUACAAUGCACUCACUCGGAACUGGCAGCAGCUCAACGUUUUCGAAGAACAUCAGUGGAACUAUCCCGAGGACUCCAAACUAUUCAAAACUCUCACCGAACGAAAAAGGAUCUUUAAAUUCUUAAUGGGUCUCAACAAAAAUUUAGAUGAAGUUUGUGGUCGCAUUCUGGGUACCAAACCACUGCCAAGUCUCAAAGAAGUUUUCUCUGAAAUCCAUCGAGAAGAGAGUAGGAAGAAAAUCAUGAUGAGGGAUCCUUACUCUGGCCCGAACUCGAUGGAGACGAGUUUUGCCCUUGAUGCUCAAUGGAAGUCGCUGCUAAGUGAAUCCCAGCUUGCUACACUAAAACCCGAGCAGACCUCUGCUCUCAUCGGGCGUGUUUCUGAAAGAUGA